AGUUAAAAAAUUCCUCACUUUAAACACUCUGCUCGCUCUCCAGCUUCUGAGUGAUUAUUAUUAGUUCCUGAAUCACUCUUUGGAAGACUAGAGAGACCAUAUUAAAGCAUUUACUUUGAAUUGGUUUGAUUAUGGGUGAAGAAGAAACGAAGACCGAAGUCCCUGACCCAGUGGCUAAUGGGACUUCUCUUCCUGAGAAAACCGUUGAAGUUGUGUCUGAGAAAAGAGAGGAAGAAGAUAAUGGGGUAAAGGAAAUGGAAGAAGAUAAGAAAAAUGAGGAUAAAGUUGAGACAGAGAAGAUGGAUGAAGACCAAAAGAUCAAGGAAGACAAGGAAAGCAAAGAAGUGGAAAGUGAAGCAAAGGAGGAACCUAAAGUUGAUGCUAUGGAUGAAGAAACUGAUGCAAAAGUUGAUGUCAAGAAAGUUGAGGAGGAAAACAAAGAUGAGGCGGAUGAGUUGAACAAAGAUGAAAAAGAGAAGGCUGAAGAUGAAUUGGAAGGAGAAGAUGGAGAGGAACAAGAAGAGAAGGCUGAAGAUGAAUUGAAAGGAGAAGAUGAAGAGGAACAAGAAGAGAACUCUGAAGAAAGUGAAGAGGAAAAAGGUUCAAAGAAUCGAGGGAAAGUUAAAAAAUCUGGGGAGAAAAUUGGAGGGAAGACGAAAAAGUCGGAGGAGAAGAAGGAGCCAGAGCAAAGAACUCCUCUCACUGAUCGACCUGUGCGUGAGCGGAAAUCUGUUGAAAGACUGGUUGCAUCUAUUGAAAAAGGUUCUUCUAGGGAAUUCCAAAUUGAAAAGGGAAAGGGUACUCCACUUAAAGAUAUUCCUAAUGUGGCAUUCAAGUUGUCUAGACGGAAGACUGAUGACACUUUCAGGCUGCUUCAUACUGUUCUCUUUGGAAGGAGAGGGAAGGCUGUUCAGAUUAAGAGUAAUAUUUCCAGAUUUUCUGGUUUCGUGUGGCAUGAUAAUGAGGAAAAGCAAAAAAGUAAAGUAAAAGAGAAGUUAGACAAGUUUAAUAAAGAGAAGUUAUUGGAGUUCUGUGAUGUGCUUGACAUACCGGUUAUGAAGGCUACUACAAGGAAGGAAGAUAUUAUUACAAAGCUGAUAGACUUUUUGGUGGCCCCUCAUUCUACCACUACUGUUCUACUUGCAGAAAAAGAAAAGUCAAGUAAGGGUACAAAGCGCAAAAGGGCUACAAAGUCUGGAACUACAUCUAAACAAUCAACAAAGAGUCGGAAACAGAGCGACGAUACUCCAAAAUCAGGGAAAAAGAAAACUCCUGGUUCAGAGGAUGAGUCUGAAGAAGAGGAGGAGGAAGAAGAAAAGGAAGAGGAACAGAAUGUAGAAGAGAGAAAUGAAAAUGGUUUUGCCGAAAAAUCUGAGGACGAGAUGCCCGAGGAUUCUGAAAGUGAGGAGAAAAAUGAAACUGAAGACGAUUCUGAAGAAGAUGCAAAGAUGAAGAAAAAGAGUUCAAAGGUAUUAUCCAGAAAGCAGGAAUCAGCUGGAAAAGCUAAAACCAAGAAAGUCACAACUCCCAAAAGGUCAACCCCGCAGAAAAGAACCCUAAAAACAUCGCCGGCAAAAAAGUCGAAGGCUGAUGAUGAUAAUGAUGAAAGUCCUAAGGUGUCCUCAAGGAAGAAACCUCAAAAAAUCACCAAGGAGAAGCCCUCUACACCAGCGAAAUCUGCCUCCAAGGAGAAAACCAGCAAAAGAGCUGGAAUAUCGAAGGACAAAGCUAAAGAGCAGAAACUGAAGCCAAGUGAUGAUGAACUGAGGGAUACAAUUUGUAAAAUUCUAAAGGAGGUAGACUUCAAUACGGCUACAUUCACUGACAUUCUGAAGCGUCUUGCACAACAUUUCAAUACUGACCUCACACCGAGGAAGUCAUCGAUCAAGCUCAUGAUCCAGGAAGAGCUUACGAAACUAGCCGAUGAUGAAGAUGAAGAGGGCGAUGCGGAGAAAGAUGAAACCCAGUCCACAGGGCAAGAGGUCCAAGCCUGACCUCUACAAGAUGGAAUAAUAACUACACUGGAAAAUGAAAACAUGUAGGUAUUGAUGUCUUGUGCCAAUAUAUACUUUUUAGCUAUUACUUAGCAGGUUUGCUUGUAAUCUAUUGUUGCUUUUUUCGAUGAGCAAAUUAGCAUGUAUCGAAUACUAGAGGGGAACUGGAGUCACCUAUCUGUGUUGAAGGAUUUGUACAAUCAAUUAACAUAAUCUGCAGGUACUUUACUAUCAGAAAACCAAGUAUUUUGAUUUACAGA